CCCACGCCUACCUUGGAGGCGGCGGCCACGACCACGACCACGACCACAACCACGACCACAACCACGUACUCGGCGAAUGCCUUGAUCCCGUUCUACGUCUACCCUGAAGACGGGGCCUGGGCGGACCUUGAGAAAGUGAUCGACGCCAACCCCUACGUCUUCUUCACCAUCAUCGUGAACCCUGACAGCGGCCCGGGAGCUUCCAGCCUGCCCGACGCAGCCUACGUGGACGCCGUGCGGGCAGUCAACUCGUAUGGCAACGCGCGUACAGUGGGCUACGUCGCGACCGACUACGGCGAGCGGGCGAUCGCGGACGUCGAGGCGGACAUCGCGACCUACGCCAACUGGCCGACCGUCAGCGGCGACGAUGACUUUGCCGUGGACGGCAUCUUUCUCGACGAGGCGGCGUCCACCUACACCGAGACGCUGGGUACCUACUACUCCAACCUCGCGUCGUACAUCAAGAGCGAGUGCGGGUUGGGACCCGACAACCUCGUGAUCUCCAACCCGGGCACCGUGGCGAGCUCGGAGCUCCUCUCCAUCCCAGACCAGACCGUCAUCUUCGAGUCAAGCUAUGCCGACCUGCAGUCCGACCGCUCCGCGGACGACUUCUCCGCGCUCGACAGUGUCGACAAGUCCACCCUCGCAGCCAUCGUCUACUCUGUCCCCGAGAACGUCAAUCUCUCUACAGUGCUCAGCGAGGUGCUCGAAGUCGCCGACAACGUCUUCGUCACCUACUCGGAUACCUAUAACGAAUACGACGAGUCGCUCAGCGAGAUGGCCGCCGAUCUCUUG